UGGAUGGAGAACUACACCUUCAACAGCUUCACCCUCCAGCUUGAGGGGUUGAAGGUCUCAGAGGCUUCCAUGCACCCAGCCUUUUUCUCUUUCCUUUUCCUCUACCUGUUUAUCAUCGUAGCCAACAUGGGCAUCAUUGUCCUGGUUUUCAUUGACAGAAGCCUCCAUCAGCCCAUGUACCUGCUGUUCUGCAACCUGGCCUUUAAUGACAUACUCGGUAACUCUUACAUGGUUCCUCGUCUGCUUGUAGAUAUUCUGACACCUCCAUCUGAGCGCCUCAUCAGUUAUAACCAGUGUGUGGUUCAGGCGUUCGUCUCUCACAUAUUUGGCACAGCUUCCCACACGGUUCUCAUGAUCAUGGCCUUCGACAGAUACGUGGCCAUCUGUAAUCCUCUGCGUUACGCCCUGAUAAUGACCAAAGAAAUGGUGGUGAAGCUGAUCGUUUCAGCCUGGGGCGUGGCCUUCGUUCUGGUCGGGAUUCUGCUCGGCCUGACCGUUCGGUUGAACCGAUGCAGGACUCUGAUCGCUAAUCCGUACUGUGAUAACGCCUCGUUGUUUAAGCUGUCAUGCGAGAGCGUGGUGAUCAACAACAUCUACGGCCUCGCCUUCACCGUGGUUUUGUUAACGUCCUCCAUCGGCAGCAUCGUCCUCACUUACAUGAAGAUCACGGUGGUCUGUCUGACCAGCAAGAGCAAGAUGUUAAACACAAAAGCCCUGAAGACCUGCAGCACUCAUCUCUUCGUGUACUUAAUUAUGUUCUUUUGUGGAAAAUGCACCAUCGUGCUGCAUCGCUUCCCUCAACUCUCCGACCAGAGAAAACUUUCUGCCAUCUUGUUUCAUGUCAUCCCUGGCAGCUUGAACCCCAUCAUUUAUGCGGCUCAGUCGAAGGAAAUCAAAAGGUUCUUGUCAAAGUUGCUCCGGUCCAGGAAGGUUUCAUCGCCAUGA